ACGGUAUUGCUCAUGUGCAUACGGUAUUGCUCAUGUGCAUACGGCCUUGCUCAUGUGCAUACGGUAUUGCGCAUGUGCAUACGGUAUUGCUCAUGUGCAUACGGCCUUGCUCAUGUGCAUACGGUAUUGCGCAUGUGCAUACGGUAUUGCUCAUGUGCAUACGGCCUUGCUCAUGUGCAUACGGUAUUGCGCAUGUGCAUACGGUCUUGCGCAUGUGCAUACGGUCUUGCGCAUGUGCAUACGGUAUUAUCCAUACGCAUACAUACGAUACAGUUCUACCCAUGUGCAUACGGUAUUAUCCAAAGGUGUUUCUGAGUUCUAAUUCUCCGUCAUACCUUGGAUUUAUGUUUCCUCUCUCUUUCCCUCUCCCCUUCGCCCCCGUCCUACCUCUCUCUUCCUAUCGCUGCCUUCUUCCUGCUUUCCCGUCCCUCUCCCCCUUUCCCUCCGCUUCCCCCCCCCCCCAGGCAUGCCCAUGCAUCACUUCAUCUUCAUGCGUCCGCCCCCAGGCGCCCCCAUGCACCACUUCCGCCCUCCCCCCGGCGCCUCCCCCCUCCCCUACCCCUUCCCGGGCAUGCCCCGCGCCCCCGGUCCCUUCCCCCACGGCCUGGCGCGUCCGCCCUCCCUCCCCCCGCCUGGCCUGCGCCUCCCCGGGCCCCUGCAUGGGGGGGGCGCGGGGGGAGGGGGAGGUGCGCCACUGAGCUCGUUCUUGGCUGCUGCUGCGUCCAAGGGAGGGGCGGGCGCAGGGGGGAUGGGGGGGAUUGUGGGGGAGAAGCCGCAGACGACGGUGUAUGUGGGGAAGCUCGCUCCCACCGUGGAUGACACGCUGCUGGUCAAACUGCUGGAGCUGUGUGGCCCCCUCAGGAGCUGGAAGCGGGCGUCGGACCCCACCACAGGCAGCCCCAAGGGGUUUGGGUUCUGCGAGUUUGAGGCGGCGGAUGGCGUCAUGCGCGCUCUCAGGCUGCUCAACAAGCGCGAAAUCGAUGGCCAGAACCUGCUGUUAAACGUGAAUGCGGCCACGAGGGAGUAUCUGGAGCGGGUGGUAGCUUCCAGGAAGGCCUCCUUUGCAGCCCUCGAAGCUUCCAGGAAGGGGAUAUCUGACGAGGGCAAGAAGGAGGGAGGGGAAGGGGAGGGCGAGGGAGAGAAGGCGAAUGAGAAGGAUGAGAAGAGCGAAGAGGGCGAUGGGGCAAAGGCAGGGGCAGGGGAACGGGAGACGAAGGAAGAGGACAGAGGGGGGGAAGUGGGGGAGAAAGAGGAAGCGAGCAAGGAAGAGGGGAAGGAAGAGGGGAAGGAAGAGGGGAAGGAAGAGGAGAAGAAGGAAGGGGAGAAGAAGGAGGAGGAUGCGGCGUCGUUUGGACUGGUGACGCCUGACGACAGGGACAAGGACGAGGCCGCCCUGGCCAAGCUCACUGCCAUGCUGCACGAUAGGGCGAAGCUGCUGCCACCACCGCCGCCGCCACCGCUUAAGGACAGCAGCAAGGAGAGAGAAGAUUCUGCUGCUGAAACAAGUGAGCGAGCAGGUGCCAGUGACGGGCACAGGAGGGAGAGCAGGAAGCGAGACAGGGAGGAGGAUGACGAUGAUGAUGAUUCAAGCAAGGAGCGGACAAAGCACAGGGAGAGGGAUAGGGAGCGAGAGAGAGAGCGGGACAGGGGUCACGACCAAGACAGAGAGAAGGAGAGAGACGGGGAGAAGGAGAGGGAGAAGCCUCGGGAGCACAAGAGCGCCAAGGAGUGGGAGAAGGAGAGGGAGCAGAGGGAGAAGGAGCGGGAGGAGAGGGGCAAGGAGCGGGAGUACGAGCGCUUGGAGCGGACGCGGGAGCGAGAGAGGGGGCGCAGGGAGCGCGACAGGGAGAUGAAUCUUCGAGAGCUGGACCGACUUAGUGAGCAGAGAGAGAGGGAGCUGGACAAUAGGGAGAAAGAGAGGGAUCGAGCGAAGGCAUAUGAGAGGGAGAAAGAGAGGGAGGCGGAGCGAGAGAGACGGGCGCUGAUUCGGCAGCAGGAGGAGGAGGAUAGCGAGGAGGAGGAGAGGAUUUAUAGGCGGAGGGCGAGGGAGGGGUAUUGGGAGGAGAGGAGGAGGGUGAGGGCGAAGGAGGAGGCGGAGGAUGCGAGGGACAGGGAGAGGGAGGACAGGGAGAGGGAGGAGGCCAAGGAGAGGGAGGCGCAGCAGAAGCGGGAGGCGAUGGCGUUUGUGAGUGAGGCUGUGGGGGAGGUCAGUGCGCUGGUGGGGGGAGCUAGUGGACUGGUGGGGCAAGCUGCUGCUGCAGCAGCAGGGUUGGAGGGUGCAGCAGCAACUAUGGGUGAAGGCGGGGGGGUUGCAGUUGCAGAGGCGGAAGGAAGGGUAGAAGGGCCGAUCAAGGCUGAAGAGACCAAUGGGUUCCCCGCAGCAGAAGUGGAUACAGAAGCUGCUGCUGCCGCUGCUGCUGCUGCUGCUGCCGCUGCUGCUGCUGCUGCUGCAGUGGCACCAGCACCUGCCCCCCCACCGCUCCCCGAAGUGAAGGUCUCUCUCCCCAGCCUGGCAGACCUGCUGCCCUCCCUCCACCCGCCCUCCUCCGCCCCCGCUACUGCGGCUGCGUUGCCUGGUGGGGCGCAGGCAGGGCAGCAGGGGGCGGCAGGAGGAGCAGGAGAAGCAGCAGGGGGGGCAGGGAGGGCGGAGUCUGAGGUGGCUGCGCUGGUGCGAGCCGUGGCAGCGCAUGCCAAGGACAGGGAGGGGCGCGCAGCAGGCCAUGGUCAAUCCAGCAUGACCCCCCCCGCAGCAGCCCCAGCUGAGGUAGCUGCAGCAGCACCGCCACCAGCACCAGCAGCACCCGCACCUGAACCACCAGCAGCAGCGUCGCCAGCGGAACCAGCAGCAGCAUCGCCCGCGCCACUCCAACCAGCCACCGCUGCCGCUCGACCCUCUACCGCGUCCUCCCGCCCAUCAGCAGCGCCGGCAGCGGGCAAGAAGUCGCGCACGCUGGCGUCAGUGUUUGGGGCAGAGGAGGACGAGGAGGCGCUGGGCCGCAAGAAGCUUCGACCGCUCGUGCCCAUUGACUAUGAGGAUGGGGGCGCGGAUGGGGGCGGUGGUGGCGCUGCUGGUGGGUAUGGCGGUUCCUCCUCCCCUGCUGGUGGUGGUGGUGGCGGCUUAUCUGCCAGCAUUGCUGCAGCUGCUGAGUUCGCCAAGAGGCUGUCGCAGGGAGGCGGGGGAGGGAAGGAGGAGAAGAGGAGGAGUGGAGGAGGAGGAGGGGAAGGAGGUGCGGGGGGGGGAGGGGCGAAGGCGAAGCCAGUGGUGGAUGUGAAGUCGCUGAUCGACUCCAUCCCCAAGACCAAGGACGAGCUCUUCGCCGUGCCCAUCAACUGGACCGUCUAUGACGAGGGCGCCCUGCAGCAGCGCAUGCGGCCGUGGGUGGCGCGCAAGAUCCAAGAAUUCCUGGGGGAGGAGGAGCCGACCCUGGUGGACUUCAUCCUGUCCAAGACGCAGCAGCAUGUGGGCGGGGCGGCGCUGCUGGCGCUGCUGGAGCCCAUUCUGGACGAGGAGGCGGAGAUGUUUGUUCUCAAGAUGUGGCGCAUGCUCAUCUUUGAGAUCCGCCGCGUCGAGAUGGGGCUCACGGGGAAGGCAGGUGGGAAGUAGAUCGUGGGUGGGACGAUUUUGUUAUACUGUUCCUGAGAUGGGAAAUGCACGUGUUGGAUGAAUUCUGUAAGCAUUGUGCUUCUCUGUUGAGGAGAGAGUGUUGGUGCAAACGUAGAUCUCACAUUAUAACUCAAGCAACCUCUUAUUCUCGUCUAGUGUGCCAGUGGUCUAGUGGUAGAAUAGCACCCUUCUUCCCCUCACAUGCAGCUUUCUGAGACUGAGUGGCGCAUUGCUGCAGCUAUUCGCCUUGGCCUCCCCCUUCCUCACCUCUCAUCUGCCCAGACCUGCACUUGCAACUCUCCAUACCCAGACCCUUCCAUCCAUUCUCACGUCCUUCGCUGCCCUACUACCAACGAGCCUACCAAGGUGCAUGAUGCAGUCAAACAGGAGGUCCACCGCAUCGUCUUGGAGCUUGGGUUUUCCGCGCAGCUAGAGGAUCAGCAUCGCUUACCUGGUCGUCGCUCUGACAUCACUUGUCGCGAUGUGAGCUCGGGAACCACAUGGGCCUUGGUUGUCUCCGUAGCCGACCCUCAACAUGGAUUCCCACACUCAAAUGCCGCUACAGUGAUCGGCACGGCAGUGGCCACCCGCGAAGCCGAGAAGACAUCGGCCUACUCUUCCUCCCUUCAGGGCCGUCCAGACGUCAAGCUCCUCCCCCUUGUCAUUGAGACUUUUGGCUGCUUUGGAUCCUCCAUCCACAACUUCCUUCGAAGCUGCAGCCGGCGAGGGGCUUCUCAUCUUCGCGAUAUGAGUGGAGCCACUGAUACCCUUCCUCUUCUUUCGAGAGUAACUUCUACAAACGGAUUUCUCUGGUCCACCAUGUCAA